GUGCGUGCUGUUCUACAAGUUACGAAGUAGAAUUCGUGCCGUUUUAACGUGACAAACUUCUUUUUUAUCUUCUCCUCUCCGUCGCGGUUCUUCAUCCCGCCGUCUGAUUAUCCGAUUUCUCCGUGUUCUGUCUCUACCAACGACGUUUCCUCGUGUCUCCCUCUCCUGUGUUCCAAAGCGCCAUUCAGAGAAAUCGUGGAUGGAUCCGCAGACGCAGAACACUUCGUUGCAACGCCUUCAGAAUGUAGAGAGGAGAGUGGUAAGGGUAUUGGAUAUAGCUGGAGGAGUGAUGGAAGAGCUGGCGAGCCCUUCUGGGCCCAGGAAAGAUUUCGUCAACAGCCAUUGCCGAGAGUUCAUGCAAUCCAUCAAGGAUAUUCAAGUGACACUAAGGGAAGAGAUCAAAAGCGCCUGCGAGUACCGUCCCUUUGAGAAAUGCGACUACAACGCAAGGAUAGCUAAUGAAAUCUGCUUCCAGAAGCUUGAAUAUGUCCUCUCCCAGCUUCAUGAUCUUAAAAACACCGUUGACCGGUAUCCUUCUUCCGAUUGAACUCGUUAUGAAUCUCUCUUUUGCAGACUUUCUAUCGAGUUUUGUUUUUACAAAAUCUCCUCUAUGCUGGUUUUAGUUAAAUAUUUACAAAACUCUUCCUUUGAGCAAUUAUGAUGUAGUAGUUUCUAGAAUAAUACAGGCUAUCCUCUGCUUGUGGCACAAGUAAGCUUGCUUUUCAUAAAUGUAUUUGAUUUUGCUAAAAA